UUACAAUGCAGCUCUGACAAAGUGUCGGUGCGGCGCGAGCCGCCAUUUCAAAGCCGAGUAAAUACGCGGGAUUUACGGACGGUUAUAAAUAAUAUCGGUGAAUAAUUGUGAAGGUUCAUUGUUUUGAAAAGAUCUCGAUCUUUUAAGAUGGAUGCUGAAACACAGCAGGUGGAGGAGACAACAGAAGUGAUGAAGCCCACAGACACGCCCACAAAGGAGGAGCCUGUAACUGAUAGCAAGUCCAGGGGUCGUGGCAUGAAGGGCCGUGGCCGAGGUGGUCGGAUGGCCCGUGGUGGGCGAGGAAUGAUGCUGAUGAAAGGAUUUAGACCUCCCGGUCACAUGAGAGGCAGAGGCCGUGAUGGGUUCUCAAACGGAUUUGUACCCAUGAGGAGGGGCAUGGGUAGACCGUGGCCGUAUCCUGACAUGUGUGGCCGGAGAGGUAGAGGCGGUCCAAUGGGAAUGCACUUAGGUCUGCCCCCUCCCCCGCCCCCACCAAUGCGCAUGAGAGGACCCCCUCCCCCCAUGCACAGGCACGGCCCACCUCUGCCUCCACCACCGGGACACCCGGGCUUCAGAGGGCGGCCCCCACAUCCCAGAGGGCGUGGCAUGAUGCCACCCGGCCCACCGCGCUAUUUCCACCCCAGAGGGGGUUAGACACCCUUUUGGAAGGACAUGCAGGGGGCAAGAUUGUCCCGUCUGUCUCUCCUCCUCUGCCCCGCCCUGCUGACGUGGUGCUCCGCCCUCUCUCAUAACCAAGGUGAGUUUUAUGCUCAGACUCCUUCCCCAUCCCACCCCCACAAUCUCUGGAUUGGAAUAGAGUGGCAGUCUGAGUUAAAAUGACAAGACACUAUUUAGGUUUCCUCAUUUUGCUACAUCAUUGACACCUUACAGUUCCUGCAAGACCUUUAAAAACAAUGGUUCCUCCAGUAUCCUCAUCUUUAAAGGUUCUGUAAACGAUUUUAGCUGUUCUAGAAUUUCCAGAAACUGAGCCGUUGGAUUAGCCACACCCCCUCUUUCUGAAACCCCACAUGCACAAAUAUACUAGAAGUGUUUUCAGACUGAUAUCAAGUAGAAAUGGUUGUUUUUACACUUGAACACAUUUUUUUCGUAUGAUAUUAAAAACCUUUUGAUCUAAAUGUGUUUGCUCAAAAGCUUGAAAUUAGCUUUGUAGACAUACAAAUUGUGACACUAUAAAGCUUUGUUUGAUUCACAAUUAGGCUACUACAUAAUACUGAUACUUCCGUCUGUGCCAUUUAAUAGCUUUGAUGAAUUUGGAAAAUACUAUUAAUAAAGAAUGACUAGAUGCGCCCAAAAGUUUGACUAGUUUAUGUACUGCAAAAAUUAGUAUUUGUCAUGUUUUUCAGUAAAAAUAUUACAUAGAAAUAUUCUAAACAAGAUAUAUUUACUUGACAAGCAAAAUGGCACGAGAUAUUAAGUCUUGUUUUCAGAUAAAUCUAAAAAAAUUGAGUAAACUUCAAGCUAAAAGAAGAAACAAACUGUCAAUGGGGUAAAAAAAAAGAAAUCCUUUUUAAUAUUUAGAUGUUUUCUGGUAAAAAAAAAAAAUAAGACAAAAAUACUAUUUAGAAAAUUCUAAUUUUUUUGUUGCAUAAAAUAUUUCUACCCCGUUACCUCUAGAGGGCG